AUGGGCGAGAUAGAGACAUAUGAGAAGCGAUUAGUUGAGUUGUUUGCUCAGGAGAGUGAAGAGACUCUUGCAGUCUAUUCUAAGUACAUAGAGAUAAUUACUGAUGUAAUAGAGAAGAGAGUAGUUGUGGAUGAAGAGUUAGAGACUGGUAUUGCUAAGGAGAAAGCGGUUUUAGCGUAUGGAACUCGGGUCUUUGAAGAGCUUAAAGAAAGACGGUUCGAUAGAGAAGGAUUGGAGUUACUGUUUAAAAGUGUGCAUGAAAGUAUGCAGUAG